AUGACCUGGGGGCUUUCGGUACCCAGCUCUGUGACCCACAGUGGUGAAAGAUGGUGGGCCUGGAAAAAGAUGAAAAAAGUCCCUGAGUCUGUCAGCUUUAGGCUUCAACUUGUUAUAAAAAGUAGAAAGUGCGUGCUAGGAUACAAGGGGAUUCUGAAGAUGAGCAGACAGGGCAAAGCGGACUUGUGUAUCCUUGCCAACAACUGCCCAGCUUUGAGGAAAUCUGAAAGAGAGUACUGCGCCAUGUUGGCCAGAACUGGUCUCCAUCACUACAGUGGCAAUAAUGGGCAUGGCAUCUGAAAAUACUACAGAGUAUGCAAACUGGCUGUCACUGACCCAGGUGAUUCCAUUAUUACUAGAAUCAUGCCAGACUGA